AUGGAAGGUUCACUAUUUUUUACAAAUGCUACACCAUCAACAUCAAUUCUUAAAAUAACAGAUUACAAAUAUUUAAGAUUAGAAAAAAAUGAUAGUACUUUUGUAGCAGAACUUGUUUUAUGUAGACCAAAACAAUAUAAUUCAAUGGAUGAUGAUUUUUAUAAUGAAUUUAUUUCAAUUUAUGAUGAAAUUCAAAAUGAUUCAAAGAUUAGAUGUGUAAUUUUAAGAGGAGAAGGUAAAGGAUUAACAGCAGGUUUAAAUUUAGGAAAGAUUGCACCAUUAAUAACUGGUGAUUCAGAAGUAUCACAAUCACAAAAUAAUUUAGAUUUAUUUAAAAUGAUUCGUCGUUGGCAAGCAUCAUUGGAUAAGAUUAAUAAAUGUUCAAAACCAACAAUCGCUUUAAUUCAUGGUGCAUGCAUUGGUGGUGGUGUUGAUAUGAUAACAGCAUGUGAUAUUAGAUUAUGCAGUUCUGAUGCAAAAUUUUCAAUUAGAGAAACUAAACUAUCAAUUAUCGCCGAUUUAGGUACAUUACAAAGAAUUUCAAAAAUAGUUGGUUCUGGUUUCGCAAGAGAGUUGGCAUUAACUGGUAAAGAUAUUGAUGCAAAAACUGCUGAAAGAUUUAAUUUGGUUAAUCAUGUCUAUCCAGAUCAUGAUACUCUCUUGUCAGAGGGUAGAAAAUUAGCAUUAUCAAUCGCUCAAAAUUCACCACUAGUUGUUCAAGCUACAAAACUCACUUUAAAUCAUGCUGAUGAUCAUACAAUUGAUGAAGGUUUAUAUCGUGUAGCUUUACAAAAUGCUGCUUUCUUAAAAUCUGAUGAUUUAAAUGAAUCUGCAACUUCUUUCUUUGAAAAACGUCAACCAAUAUUCAAGUGUAAUUUAUAA